UGAAGGCAGCGGCUGGUAGAAGAUGUCCGCCGUGGGUGCUGGAGCUUGCGGACCCGGACCUGGAGCCGGUGGCGCUCCAGGAUCCGGGAUCGCCAACCCCCGAAAGUUUAGCGAGAAGAUCGCGUUACACACACAGCGACAAGCCGAGGAGACAGCCGCCUUUCAGGAGGUCAUGAUGGACAUCACCUCGACUCGGCUUCAGGCUCAGAAGGUGCGGCUGGCGAGAAUACAGGGCCCGUACUACGGUGGCUCCUUACCCAACGUCAACCAGAUCGGCAGGAACGCCCCGGACCUCCAGGUUCCCUUCCACGCGGGUCUGGACUCCAGUCGUUCCACGCGCCACAACGGGCUGGUGGCGAGAGCCCUCCGAGACCAGCGCUUCGCCUCCCCCAGCCGGCCGUACAGAAGACAAAUGGACAGCUCUCAUUGCAGUUCGGCGUACCUCUCUCCGCCCCCUGACCCCAGCUGGAGAAGGAACUGGUCCAGUAAUUUCUUCACGGACAAGAACCCAUUGUCCCGUCUCCCCACCACAGCACUCAACAGAACCAACUCCGACUCGGCGCUGCACACCAGUGUGAUGAAUCCUCCCUCGGGAGACCCGUUCGGUGCAGGACAUGCGGUAAACCUACACGGCCGAUGUAGCGGUUUGAAUGAGGGUGAAGGACGCAGAAUGUUCCCAUACCCGGUCCCUCCGAUAGAGGAAAUUGUGUUGGAUGAAGACAGGCUUCUCAAACCAUGGGACACGAAAAAGAUGCACAUGCUGUCCUCGCGUCCAAAGUCUUGUGAAGUCCCCGGAAUUACCAUAUUACCCUCGCCGGAUCAGCAGUCCGGCGGCCCUCAUAUCCCCAUGGUUUUGAACACGGGAGGUUCUCUGCCUGAUCUGUCCAGCCUGCACUUCCCCUCUCCGCUGCCGACGCCGCUCGACACUGACGAGCCUGGCUACCCCUCCCUCAGUGGGGGCAACAGCACCGGCAACCUGGCAUCCACUCUUACUCAGCUCGGCAUCGAUACCGCCAACGCCUUCCACUCGCCAGGUCUCCUGGCGUCUCUGCAGGGCACGCUCAGCAACCCCACGCUCCAGUCGUCUCUUAGCAACCCCAACAUCCAGUCGUCUCUUAGCAACCCCAACAUCCAGUCGUCUCUGAGCAACCACUCGUUCCCCGGCUCCCUCAGCUCGGCCUCCCUGCAGUCCUCGCUCAGCAACCCGUCCCUACAGUCCUCGUUUAGCUCCUCCCCCUCCCUCCAGUCCUCUCUCAGCAACCAAUCGCUGCACUCCUCCCUCAGUAACUCCUCCCUGAGCGGCCAGCCCCACCCGUCGGCGGGAGGCUCGGCGGCCUGCCCGUACGGUUCGCUCCUACCCGGACAGAUGCAGCCGCAGAUGAGCUCCUCCCCUCGGAGGCGGGGUCAGCUCACGCCCCUCAACAUGCCCCUGGGUCCGGAGGCGCGCCGGCACCACUCCAAACAGUUCUCGCCCACCGUGUCCACCACACUGACGUCCAUCACGCAGGGUGUCCCACUGGACACUAGUAGGAUGAUGAUGGACCAGAGGCUGCCGCCGUACCCCUUCAGUCAGUCUCAGCAGAUCCAGCACAGUGACCCGCAGACAGGCUGCACCUCCCCACAGUCCGGUCAUCCGCCCGUCCAGCCUCCGCAGUGCCACCCGCACACCCACACGCAUCGACCGCAGGCCGCGCUGCAGCACGUGCAGAACAUGCAGAAUCUGCACAAAACCCAGAACUUUCCUUACGAACAGGUCCAGCAGCACCAUCAACACCCGUGCUCACGGAUCCCGCCGCUGCAGCAGAACCACAAACCCGGCGGCACGACGGACCUGCCGGGGUCGGUACACUCGCAGAUCAAACAGGAAGCGGACAUGUCUCAGAAUACACAUCAAGAACAGAACCAGAACAUUCCUCAGUUCCAGAACGUCAGCCAGGCUUUCACCGGUGACCUCGGACUUUAUAACGAUUCGUUAUUACUGAACUCCCUGCUGGACGAUCCGUAUCUCAGCCUGCAGUUCCCCGGCAAACAGAGCCAGACUCUCUGUCAGCAGUUUAACGUCGACUCUCAGGUGGAGGGCGUGUCCUUCAACCACAACCUGGGCUCCAGCGUCCCGAACAAAGCCCAGGACGGGACCUACCCCGGCCACCAGGGGGUGCUGGAAUUGCUGGAGUCUACGGAGCAUCAGUUCCUGAACGCCACUCAGAACCAGAACUAUGGAAGCGGACGCCUCACCGUCCCCAACAUCAUACUAACGGGAGACUCUCCUCCCGGCCUGUCUAAAGAGAUCACCAGCGCCCUCUCUGGAGUCCCGGGCUUCGAGGUGGACCCCUUCUCCUCGGACGACUCUCUGGCCCUGGACGGGCUGGGCAUGCUGGCGGACGGCGACCUGAUGCUGGCCGACCCCUCCGUGGAGGACUCGUUCCGAUUCCGACUCAAGUGACUCGAGGAGGAGGGAGACGGAGGAGGAGCGGAGGGGAGGGCGUCGAUUCGGGCGAACGUUUCUCCUCCUCGGUGAAAAUUCUGACUUGAAAACUCGGGACCAAAUUUUGUGUUGCUUGUUUUUUUUUUGUUAAUCUUUAGCUCGAAGCCCCGUGCACUUACCGAGAGACGCAAAACGUAGACGUAGGCAUUAGCUUUGCCCAGCUGCAUGCUAACGGAUGCGCUUCAGGUUCCGCAGCGUCCAGCGCGCGAUGCCGACCCGCCGCGCGAGAUUAAUCCCGUUUAGGGAUCGGAAAAACAGACCAAGGAAUCGUCGGACUCGAAUAUAAACCAAGUUACCCAAAUUAGGGCUCAUUUUCUAGCCUCGAGGAUCCUAAAUUCUACCUGGUGCAGACGCCAAAACAAACCUUACAACGUGAGAGUCAGUAUUAAACUAAAUAUCUGAAUCCGAACGGGUCCGAGGUUUCCAGGGCUUCGCUUCAGCUAUCUACUAUUUCAGUCUGCAGGUCAUCGUGAUCUGUUCUAUCGACUCUAUCGAUCGAGCUUUUUUAAAUGCGCUUCAGUUCCUAUAUUGAUAUUCAGCUUUAUAGAGCAAGCGAGUGAAUAAUCACACUGACCUUAUUCUGAUGAUUUGUACUGAAGGGUGUCGGUCAGGUUUAUGUAUCUGGACAGGAGCUGCUGAUACUGAUUCUCAAGCAGCUUCCAAGUGUCCAUCAGUAAGCGUGGAUCCAUAUUUAGACACGAGCAGGUCGAUCCAAAAAUGCUGGCGGUUAAAUAUGCGGCACAUUUUUAUAUGUUUGGAUAUUUUUUCUUCAGGCAGCAAGUUCCAAAACUGUCCAGCGGAGGCGCUUGACUUCACUGAAUGUCAGAUUGUAAGGGUUAAAAUAUCCACGUAUGACUGAACCAGCGUCUCUGCUGCGUUCACCCCCGAAUCGAAGCGUUUUUGGUUUCUUUUUGUUUGGAAAAAUGCAAAAAUGGCGCAAACUUGGCUACUGAUGAAUGAAAACUUUCUAGAUUUCGCGGCGCUCUAGGUGGGCUGAGGCGUAGCUCUGGUAACAAACCGCAAAUUAAAGAGACAGUGGCGGCAUUUCAUGUCGAAUGAGGCGCGAUCUACCAGCGUGCACUGUGCCAUUAGCUCCUUUUUAGUGCAUGCACCUGCCUAGAUGUGGGUUCGGAUAUUACUUCAGGUUUAUUUAUUAAACAGAAGUAAUACCACAGGUCACCAGCGGUCCGGAAAACAUGGCAUCAUCAGAUCAGCCGUGUAGCGCCACCAGCCACCGGACCCACCCUCUUUUUGAUGUUAUUCUGCGGUGCUCUAUAUGGCGCCACCUCCAUCCAGCCAGUAAGAACGGACCUUAACCAAAUGUCUUUGAAGCGUUUGGAGCGCAGACUUAGCUUAGCUCGUGUUCCCGAGCGCAUGUUUUAAACCAGGAUGUUCAUUCCAAACUAAAAUAUUCUUUAUUUUUAUAGCAUAGCAGCCGAAUUCAAAUUUUUUAAGCGCAGCAGGACUUUAAUCGUCCUCCUGUCUGCUGUAAAGACCCAAGAUUUACUUAUUACACCGAAGUGUCUUGAAAGAAGCGAAUCGCCUUCAGAGCGUCGACCAAAACAAUCAGGACAUACACUAUAUUACCAAAAGUAUUCACUGGUACCGUGAUGCCACCUGUGCAACAAGUCCAGUCGUGAAAUUUCCUCACUACUAAAUAUUCCACAGUCGACCGUCAGUGCUAUUAUAACAAAGAGGAAGCGAUUGGGAACGACAGCGACUCAGCCACCGAGUGUUACCACGUAAAAUGACAGGGCGGGUCAGCGGAUGCUGAGGAACAUAGUGCGCAGAGGUCACCAACAUUCUGCAGAGUCGAUCACUACAGACCUCCAAACUUCACGUGGCCUUCAGAUGAGCUCAGGAACAGUGUGUAGAGCUUCGUGGAACGGGUUUCCAUGGCCGAGCAGCUGCAUCCGAGCCUUACAUCACCGGAUGCAGUGGUGUAAAGCGCGCCGCCACUGGACUCUAGAGCAGUGGAGACGUGUUCUCUGGAGUGACGGAUCGCGCUUCUCCGUCUGGCGAUCCGACGGACGAGUCUGGGUUUGGCGGUUGCCAGGGGAACGGUACCUGUCUGACUGUAUUGUGCCGAGUGUACAGUGUGGUGGAGGGGGGAUGAUGGUGUGGGGGUGUUUUUCAGGACUCGGGCUCGAAAAGGAACUCUUAAUGCUUCAGCAUACCAAGAGAUUCUGGACAAUUUCAUGCUCCUGACUUUGUGGGAACAGUUUGGGGAUGGCCCCUUCCUGUUCCAACAUGACUGCGCACCAGUGCACAAAGCACAAGCUCCAUAAAGAGUCCUGACCUCAACCUGAUAAAACACCUUUGGGAUGAAUUAGAGCGGAGACUGUGAGCCAGGCCUUCUCGUCCGACAUCAGUGUCUGACCUCACAGAUGCGCUUCUGAACCUUGUGGAAAGCCUUCCCAGAAGAGUUGAAGCUGUUAUAGGUGCAAAGGGUGGCGACAUCAUAUUAAACCCUAUGGAUUGAGAAUGGGAGUCACUCAGGUUCAUGUGCGUGUGAAGGGGACGAGCGAAUACUUUUGGCAAUAUAGUGUAAGAGGGAUCUUCAAAAAGUUUCCGCACUCUUAUAUUGUAGUAAUAAGCGGUGAGGGUGUAGUAGUAGGGAGUAGUAAUCGACCUUUUUUGGACUCUCAGAGCUUUAAGGGGAAGAAGAUUUUCAUGUGAUGAUGAUGCUGAUGCGCCGCUGCUUUUACGACGCAGCUGGAAAAAAUGCAUUGGAACGUGGCGAUGUACAGUAGAAAAGCGAUGUAAAAGAGUAAAACAAGUGCGGAGACGUUUGAAGAACCCUCGUGUAUAUUAUUAUUUUUUUACUCUCUGUGGACGUGCCGUGCCGUGCCGGUGCGGUCCGCGCCCGGCCGAGAUGGUACGCUGGACCUUCGUUCCUCGGCGAACGCUGGCUUGUGUCGCGUCGUUUUUCUUGUUUUGCGUCCGCCAAUGCAAUCUGAUCUUCGGCCACUGUGACGUUUAGCUUUUUUACUGCUCCUGCCUGCCUGCCUUUGCACACACACACACACACACACUCACACACACACUGUUGAACAAGGCCAUAUUUAAAGGACUGUGUAUUUUUGUGUAACAGAUGUUGUAUUAAUGAUGAAGUUUAUUUUUUAACAGAGCGAUUAUAGAUGUAAGUGUGUAUAUAAGUGUAUUCGUAUAAUAAUAAUAUAAGUCUAAGAGUUAUAAAGGUGUAGAACACAGAGGAGCCUGUUUAUGAUGGGAUGCACCAAAGCCGUAUCGUAUCGUAUCGCCCGACAGAUGGAGUUGUAUUUGGGUUUUUUUUGCCUUUUAUCAGUGUUUGUGUAUUGUUUUUAUUAUUAGUUUUAAUUAUUAUUACUUUUUUAACGGUAUUUGAUUGUUUUUAAAGUGUUCGGCUGCAGUGUGGAGCAUCUUACUGCUGCAGUGCUCAGUUUGAUCACUUAUGCCUGAAAUUCCGGAAUGUUUAUAGACUCAUUUAGUAGACGCUUUUAUCCAAAGCGACUUACUCAAGGCUCCAACAGUGGCAACCUGGCAGUGGUGGGGCUUGAACCAGCGACCUUUCGAUUACUAAUCCAAUAUCUUAACCUCUAGGCUAUAAUGAGUGGACGAAUCAGCUCCACUUCACCCAGUACCAAGUACUAAUUCAAUAUUAAAUCAAUAUAUGAAGGAAAUCGCAUGCUUCCAAGUUUGCAGCAACAGUUUAGGGAAGGCCCGUCCCUGUUCCAGCAUGAGCAAUCUCUCUAAAGAAAAUCACACAUCUCAAACUCGUUUCGAAUCUCAGCUCUGCACACGCGUCGGAGGGGGGCGUGCGGCGGUCACGGCUCUCCUCACCCCGGGUAGGGGUCAGCAUCAGUAGACAGGAAAGUGUAACGCAAUUGGGUACUUGGAUACGCUAAAAAUCGGGCAAGCCAUAAACUCCAGCGUCCUGCACAGAGACCCUGACCUCAGCCGCCCCACUCGAUAGCUCUGGGAUGAACCGGAACCUCAACUGCCUUAUAAAUGCUGUCAUAUUUUAACUGGAUGGGCACAAAUUCCCACACACAAACACACUUCCAAGGCUUGUGAGAAGCUUCUCGGAAGAGCGACUGUUCUAGCUGAAACGAUCACACAGCGAACCACCAGGAUUAAAGCCCUUAGAUUUGCUUCAUAAAAAGUUAAAUACGCUACCACACCAGAGCCGGGAUCUUGAAUACAUCGCAUAGAAUCUCAGCUCUGCCAUCCGGUGGGCUGGGCUGGGCGGCCACGUGAACAGCGUUUGGCUGUCGUUCAUCCAGGGAGGGAGCCGGAUAGGGAGCUCAUAACUGGUGCAAUUACGACCCCUGCUGGCUGAUUGAUGGCGAGUCGAGGAAUAACACUGAUCAGGGUGUGGCUCUCCGUACACAAAGCUGAUCCGCAUAUGAACUCGCCUCGUGGGGUACUGCACACGUGUCGGAGGGGGCGUGUGUCAGCACCAGUAGAGGUUUACGAUUUAAUGUAAGGGUUCGACUCCCAAGUGCGGCGGUGUGUGUUUCAGGUCCUUCCUGUGUGGAGUUGUGCAUGUUCUCCUCAUCUGCGUGGGGUUAUUUGUCCUCCCGCAGUACAAAGACGUUGAGUGAGGUGAAUUGGAGAUACAAUUGGCUAUGACGACCAAGGCUGAAAGUAACAGGACUGAGUUUUUAACCUAGAAUUAGUUAAUAUGUGAAAUAUAGAAGCAUGGAGAACAUGCUAAAGCACCAGAACACCGGGUACAGUCUAGUGAUUUAUCACAAAAUGUUCUUUUUAUAUACAAAUAAACAAAUUACGACUAAGAAGCAGGUUGGUGAAAGCUCGCGCCGGUCGCUGCGAUCGUCUGCGGCCUUUUAUUUGACAUUCCGAAUCAUCCGAGUCUGACAGAGUAGAUUUCGGGAACAGGAACGAUUCGAACCGCUAAUCUAACCCCAGAACCAGUGAGAGAAACGUCGCAGGACUUCUUACAGAGGGCUUUUUCAUUCAUUCAUCCACCCAUUCAUUCAUUCCCGGUCUGUGUUACCACUGCUCCACGCUGGACAGGGUCACACUGGGUCCGAUUCGCCGGGUAAAAGGCUAGAAACCACUAGGACGAUUCCUAGUAGCUCCAGUCGACUCGUCCUGACUGCAUGUUUGUUUUUGGACUUGUGGGAGGGAUCGAACCCAGACCCUUCCUGCUGAGAGAAGUGAGACCCCGAGACUGUGAUCAGUAAUACAGCAGCGUAGACGUUUAGUAUCCGAGGUUUUGUUUCUGAACAGAGUAUUUUCAGAAAUAACUAAAUAAAUAAAGAAGACGAUUGUGAGUUAUUUUUAUAAUGAACGCUGUAAAAAGUACUCGUUUUAACCUUGUUUAUAUGUUAGAACUGCAUGCAGGACCGGUUUUGCACGCUUUUGACUAACUGCACUGUGUAUUAAAGCCACUGCUCGCUUCAUUCCAGCGCAGUACCGUUCUCUGCCAGACGGGGGAGCUGUUGAACAGCUAGCUAUUCGUAGCUAAACACAAUGCCAUGUGUAUUCAUGUAAUUAAACCAUGUAUUUUGUUUAUUUGUUUGUUUGUUUUGAUUUUAUGUGUCUCGGGUUCGUGUUUGUUUAAAACUUAUUUCUACAUUUAAAAAAGUCACGUUUCUUUUUGUAUUUCCAUCGUUUUGAUAAGCAGGGAAUCCAUAUUUGCUGUAAAUAAUAUCUAAACCAUAGGUGCUUCUGAGAGAAUAUUUUUAAGACUGUAUCCUCAAGAUAUUUUACAUAAAAAUAAAGAAUUUAACAGAA